UACAGAGGAUACAUCAUGCACAGAGGGGAUUCUAGAAUGACAUGUUCUACAACUGCUAAAAGACGCAUUGUAGUGCAAACAUUAUGUACUCUUAUUAAUUAAACACAUAGGGGUCAACGGCAAAUAGUACCCAAAGGAUGCAAAGGAAUGAAGGCUAUCUAUGAAACUAUUACUCCUGGUCACUACAAAUUCUCAGCACGUGGAGAAAAUGAAGUAAUUAUUAUUGGGACAGACUAUGAUCAUUUUGGCCUGGAGUACACACGGAGAGUGAGCGAAAAAGAGGUCACAGUAACUGUAAAGUUGUUUGGGCGACAAACAGACCUGCCAGAAGCAGUACUGAAUAAGUUCAAAGAAAUGUGCAAAGCUUUAGGCUUGAAAGACGAUUUAAUUGUAAUACUGCCAAAAGGAGUUGAAUGUGACCCUACCAAAGUUUAAGAGAUGUCGCCGCAAGAGAGACAGCUUUGCCUGACAGUUCAUGGCUUCCUAUUAUCAACCCUUUUAAAUUCCCUCUAAUCUGCUUCGCUUUCCCCCUUAAACUUUCUAUAUUAAAUAAAGAGAAUUAAAC